UGAUCGUGAUCUCGUUUGUUGUCGUCUCCUAAUCAUCCUUGGAGGUGGAAAAGGUUUGAAGAAAUCUUGUCCCUGAGGAACUCCCCUUCAGUUCUAUCACACAUCUCCUCUUGUCUCUCCCCAUGGUCCAAGCUCACCUGGCUUCUUUUUGAGGUAAAGAAGAGAGCGGGGAACGGAGAAUAAAUGCGCGUCGUUUGAAGAGUGUGAGAGAGAGCAUGGGAAGCGGGAAGCCUCGGUGGAAACUCUCGUUCCACCGGUCGCCGUUGACGUCGCCGUCGUCGUCCAUAACGACGGAGGCGCCCAUGGAGUUCGUCUGCCCCAUCUCGCGUUCGAUCAUGGCGGACCCCGUCAUCGUCCCCUCUGGCCAGACCUUCGAGCGGAGCUGCAUCCAGGUUUGCCGGGACCUCACCUUCACCCCUCCCUCCCUCGCCGCCGCCGUCGACCUCUCCCCCGAUGUCCCUUUCCUCCUCAUCCCCAACGUCGCCCUCCGCGCUGCCAUCAUUCGCUGGUGCGACCGCGCCGGGCUCUCCCCGCCCGUCCCCGUCUCCCUUGAUGCCGCUCGUGCCCUCGUCCGCCGCCUUAUGUCGGAGGCGCCGCCUCCACCGGCGGUGGGGGCUGUCUCGAAUGGUGAGAAAGCUCCGAUCUUGGAAGGAGGAUCGAAGGAGACUCCGAUCUUGGAGGGAGGAACGAAGGAGAUGAUGACUCCGGAUACUCCUCCUCAGUCUGUGCGCUCCUCCAAGACGAAUUCUGCUUCGUUCUCCCCGCAUUCUUCUUUGUCUUCGUCUUCUUGUAAUUCCUCUUCGUCGUAUUCCUCUUCUGAGAUCAUGGUGGUGCGUUCGGAGGAAGCCCUGAAACCGGAGAAUCCCCAAGCUCCCAGCUUGCCGGCGUCUAAUGUUGCCAAACCUACUGCUGGUGCUGAAGUUGAUUGUUUGGAAGAGGAGAUUUUGAUCAAGCUGAUGGACUCCGAGGAUUUCGAACAGGAGGCGGCGCUGGCCGCGCUUCGCCGGGCCAGCAGGGAGAGCAGGGAGCGGCGGAUCGCGCUGUGUACUCCGAGGCUCCUGACGGCGCUCCGGCAGAUGCUGCUCUCCCGGCGCCCCGGCGUCCAGGUCAACGCUGCGGCGGCGCUGGUGAAUUUGACCCUGGAGGCUACCAACAAGGUCCGUAUCGUCCGGUCCGGGGUGGUGCCGCCGCUGGUGGACGCCCUCAAAGGCGGCCAUCCGGAGGCGCGGGACCACGCGGCGGGGGCCAUCUUUAGCCUGGCCUUGGAAGACGCGAACCGGGCGGCAAUCGGGGUGCUCGGUGCCAUCCCCCCGCUGCUCCACCUCUUCUCCCGCUCCUCCGAGAGCCACCGAGCCCGCCGGGACGCCGGGAUGGCGCUCUACCACCUCUCUCUAGCUGGGAUGAACCGAUCCAAGAUCGCCAGGACCCCGGGCGCCGUGCGCGCGCUGCUAGCUGUGGCGGCGGAGGACCAGGGGGUUCCGGCGGGGGUUCACGGGCCGCCUCUGGGAAAGCUGGCGCUAAUGGUGGUGUGCAACCUGGCGGGGAGCGCGGAAGGGCGGGCGGCGCUGAUGGACGCCGGAGCGGUGGCCUGGGUGGUGGGGCUGAUGAGGGGGGAGGCAGCGGCAGCGGCGGCGGCGGCGGCGGCGGCGGAGUACUGCGUGGCGGCACUGUACGGGAUGAGCCGGGGGAGCCUGAGGUUCCGGGGGCUAGCGCGGGCGGCGGGGGCGGAGAAGGUGCUGAUGAGGGUGGCGGAGGCCGGGAGCCCCGGCGAGGUCAGGAGGGAGAUGGCGAGGCGGACGCUGAGGGCGAUGAGGGGAGAGGAGGGAGAGGAGGAGGAGGGCGUGGUGGUGGUGGCGGACGAGGACGGCAGCGUCGUGUCGGACGGGCUGGUGUCGUUUCGAAGGCGGUACAAGGAUUUUGGGAACGGAUCGGGCGCCAACUCGGCCGAGUUCUGAUGGUAUCUUAUUUUUGUUCUUAUUGAGUGGAGACGUGGGUUGCUGUUACCAUCGUGGCUUGGAAGUCAGAGUUGUAUAUUUUUAUUUUGUUUUCUCUGAUUGUUUUUAUGUUGUGUAGAUGGUUCUGUGCGCUUGUUACUUGACAUUGGGUUUCUUCAGUACGGUUCUCAGUGUAUAGUUUAUAAUUUUAUAAGGAAGUCAAAGUCAAGUUCAGCAGUUCUUUUA